UGCAGGCUGCUCGGCCGGAGCGCGUCUCUCCAUCCUCAGCCUCAGCCUCCGCUCCAUGGGGACACACAGCCGCACUUUACCCUCCGCUGAGCACCUCCCUGCUGCUGCUGCUGCCGCUGCUGCCGCCGCCUGGUCUCAUGACUUUCUCAAACUGUUGUCGGGAGUGGAAUAUAAAGCAUCGGAAGUUAUAUGACUAGUACAGAGCGUGUGGGAUUAUUAUCACAGCGCUUAAGUUUUUUUUCUUUAAUUUAUUUUUUAUUGGGAGUUCAUGAGGAGCGUGUCCAUGUCUUCUGUCGGAUGAUGGCUCCGGCAGGCUCCGUCUUUUUACUGUUUGGGAUUAUUCUGGAAAUCACUUGUGUUGCUGCCAUUGAACUGCGCUUUAUGCCUGAUCCGCCGACGCUGAACCAAUAUGGCGUCCAAAGGAUGAACAAAUCCGACAACCUGGAGCUGACGUGCAGAGGUCGGCAGUACUUGAGGUGGACGACUCCUCCUACGAGCACUCGCUUCUCCACCAGCGACUGCAGCGGAUCGGGACUCUUCUGCACAACACUGCGGAUCUCCAACGCGACCGUCAACGAGACCGGACAGUACCAGUGCUCCUACAGAGACCUGAAAGUCGAAGAUGGCAAGACUUCAGUGGCAGCUUAUGUGUUUGUCCACGACUACAAAAUACCAUUUGUGCCGUCCGAGAAAGAGUACGAGGUGGUGUUCAUCCGCGAGGGCGAGCGGGUGGUGAUACCGUGCCGAGGCUCGGUGGAGAACCUCAACGUGACGCUCCACACUAAGUAUCCAAACAAGGAACUUCAUCCCGAUGGGAAGGACUCUCUGUGGGACGCCAAGACGGGUUUCACCGUCCCCAGUUAUCUGAUCAGCUACGCCGGAGUCGUGUCCUGCCAGACUCGUAUCGGCAAUGAGACGUUCAAGUCCCCCCUCUACAUUGUCGCUGUUGUUGGAUACAAAAUCCAUGAGCUCACCCUGACCCCCGCGGAUGUCAAGCUUUCUGUGGGGGAGCGGCUGGUGCUCAGCUGCACGGCUGAGACCGAGCUCAACGUGGGCAUCGAAUUCAACUGGACGCACUCCGGUCAGGCGCUGACCUCUGUGAACGGCUCCCGGCUGACCCACACAAACCCCCACAAAAAGAAGCUGUGGAACUCCCUGGUGCUGUCCAACACGCUCACGGUGGAGAACGUGACGGUCGAUCACACUGGAGAAUACACCUGCACCGCGUCCAGCGGGCUGAUGGAGAAAAGCGCCUCAGCCUUUCUCAGAGUGUUUGAAAAGCCGUUCAUUGAGAUAAAGGAGCCGUGGACGAAGGUCUGGGAGGUAAAUGUGGGCAGUCAAGCGUCUCUCCCUGUCAAGUAUUCAGCAUACCCCGACCCCGGCUUUAAAUGGUUAAAAAAUGGCCUACCACUGAAAGAUGACUACAGAAUAAGACAGAAAAAUGAUCUCAUCAUCCGCGGAGUCACAGAAAUGGAUGCUGGGAAUUACACCGUGGUCCUGACCAACAAAAUGACCAAAGAGGAACAAAGACGCUCCUUCCAGCUGAUCGUCAAUGUGCCUCCUCAUAUAAUUGAGAAGGAGGUGGCGGUGGAUACGGAUGUGUACCUGUACGGCAGCAGCCCCACCCUCAGGUGCACAGCUCGGGGAAAUCCAAUACCUGCACAGAUCGAGUGGCAGUGGAUGCCCAGAAAGGACUGUCCACAGGCCUUCCAGUCUGGGCUGACAAAGUCUGAAGCACAGGUAGCAGAGUGUACAGGCUGGAGAGAUAUCAGCAACGGCACCGGUCACCACCCUGUAGAGCAGAUUAUGAUUACCACGGAUCACGCACAAAAGAAAAUCAUGAGCUCUCUGAAGAUCCAGAAGGCAGAGGUCCACGCUCUCUACAGAUGCUCUGCUGCCAACAAAGUCGGCGAGGACUCACGCGUCAUCUUUUUCCACGUCACGCGUGGACUUGAAGUGAGCGUGUCUCCAUCCAACGAGCCCUUGGAGGAGGACCAUGUGGUUCUGCAGUGUAAGGCGGACAUGCUGAUCUAUGGCAACCUCGCCUGGUACCGCGUGACCAACGUCUCCGAGUCAGAGCAGAUCGCGUCGGUGCAGCCGUGUCGCUCCCUGACGCGGCAGCGGAGGCCCCUGAAGCACGGUGUGCAGUCCAGCCUGCAGGGCACCAACGUGACCGUGGAGCUGCUGCUGCCCAACGCCUCCCGUCAGGACGAGGGUCUGUACGCCUGUCAGGUAGAAAACAUCAAGACCAAGGAGAGAACCUGCCUGCUGCGCCGCCUUUCGCUCAAAAGCCACGAGGCUGCGAGGAUACUCAAUAAUUUAACAGAUCAGAAGGUCAACGUGAGCGCGACGAUCAGCCUCAGCUGUGACGCCGUCGGGAUGCCUAACCCGACGGUGGUGUGGACCAAAGACAACCACACCUUGGUGGAGGGCUCAGGUGUGAUCCUGAGCCAGAACAACCACACUCUGACGAUCCAGCGUGUGAAGAAGGAGGACAGUGGUCAGUACACCUGCAGGGCUUGUAACAGCCGGGGCUGUGACACCGCACAGGCCUUUCUGACGACUGAAGGUGCAGAGGAAAAGACUAAUGUGGAGCUGAUUGUUCCCAUUGGGUCGGUGGUCAUCGCCAUGUUUUUCUGGUUACUAAUCGUUUUCGUCAUCCGUGGAAGAAAGAGACCGAAUGGUGGCGAUCUGAAGACGGGCUACCUGUCCAUGAUCCUGGACUCAGAGGACAUGCCCAUGGAUGAGCAGUGCGAAAGGCUCACGUAUGACGCCAACAAAUGGGAGUUCCCUCGGGACAGGCUGAAGCUCGGUGACCCACUGGGGCGAGGAGCGUUCGGUCAGGUGGUGGAAGCAGCCGCCUUUGGCAUCGAGAAAGUCACCACGUGCACCACUGUCGCAGUCAAGAUGCUGAAGGAGGGAGCCACAUCCAGCGAGUACCGCGCCCUGAUGUCCGAGCUGAAAAUCCUCAUCCAUAUCGGACAUCAUCUCAACGUCGUCAACCUGCUGGGAGCCUGCACGAAGCCCGGAGGCCCACUGAUGGUGAUUGUGGAGUACUGUAAACAUGGAAACCUCUCCAGCUACCUGAAGAGCAAGCGCGCCGAGUACAGCCCCUACAAGAGAAAGCGUGUGGACAGCCAGCGGUGGGCGCCUGUGGAGGAGGACAUGUCCGAAGGGGAUCUGGGUCUGGGGAAGAUCGCCCAGCUGGACAUCUGCACGGGGACGGCUGUCUGCUCCCGAGCUGGAGACAUGGCUUCAGGCAGCAGCAUGGACACGCAGGAAGAGAGCUCCGACGAGGACCAUCUGACCAUGGAGGACCUGAUCAGCUACAGCUUCCAGGUGUCCAAAGGCAUGGAGUUUCUGUCCUCCCGCAAGUGUAUCCACAGAGAUCUGGCAGCCAGAAACAUCCUGCUCUCAGAGAACAACGUGGUCAAGAUCUGCGACUUCGGCCUCGCCAGAGAUGUCUACAAAGACCCCGACUACGUCCGCAAGGGAGAUGCGCGUCUCCCUCUGAAGUGGAUGGCCCCCGAGACCAUCUUCGACCGGGUGUACACCACUCAGAGUGACGUUUGGUCCUUCGGGGUCCUUCUCUGGGAGAUCUUUUCUCUAGGGGCUUCUCCCUACCCGGGUGUUUGCAUCGACGAGUCUUUCUGCAGGAGGCUGAAGGAGGGAACCAGGAUGAGACCACCGGAAUACGCCACCACUGAGAUAUACCAGACCAUGCUGGACUGCUGGCUGGAUCGUCCCACAGACAGGCCGACAUUCGCAGAGCUGGUCGAACAUCUGGGCAACCUGCUGCAGGCCAGCGCUCAGCAGGAUGGGAAGGACUACAUCCCUCUGACAGCGGGCGGCGACACCGAAGGAUCUCCACUGACCCCUGACCCCAGGAGCCCCUACAGCAAGCCCCAAAGUGGGGAAAUCCUGGAAGCUCAGCUCCACUAUGACAACCCGCCGUCCCUCAGGCCGUCGCAGCAGAGCGAGAGGUGCAGUCGGCCGCUCAGCGUGAAGACGUUUGAGGACAUCCCUGUGGCGCACAGCAGCGUCAUGGAGGGCCACACAGACAGCGGUAUGGGCUUCUCACCAGAGGAGGUCAAAGGUUUAAACCGACACCUGUCUACUACGCCCAACUUCAGUCAGCUGCUGCGCUGUAAGAGUAAAGAGUCUCUGGCCUCGGAGUCAUCCAAUCAGACGAGCGGAUACCAGUCGGGGUACCACUCUGACGACACGGACACUCCGAUCUACGCUAACGAGGAGGUGAUCAUGAAGCACAAGAUGCUGAAGACGCCCGACAAGUUCAACGUGGAGAUCCGCUACAGCACGCCGCCCGUCUGACCCCACACAUGUCCCAACUACUUAACCCUGAGUCUUUUCACUGUUCGGUAUUUGUUUACCCUCCGCGGGCUUCACACUUUUAGGAAUUAAUCACAACUCUUGCAGUAAAGCAGCUCGGGUCACGACUGUGGCGCUGAGACAUUUUGACAGGAGAUAACUUAAUAAGUCAGCUGGAGGGGGAAAAAUGAAGGUUGUAUGAUAAGUUUGUAAGCGCAGCGCUCUUUGGACAGCCGGAGGAAUGCUAUCGUGUUUACACAGCGAGUUAACGGUCUGGGCAGCAGAGACAUGAGGACACGCCUACUUCCUCAGGCACAAUCCACCCACUUCCUGUAUUGCAGGAAAUGGCAUCUGGAAUUUUUAGACAAUUGAAACAGCAAAUGUUUUCUUUCUUUUUCUUUUCUUCUUUUUCUUUUGGGGCGAAAAAAACUAAAAAAAAAUCCUGUCAAGGAGACAGUUCUCACAGACCAAUCAGAACAAUGAUUCUAGAGUCACAUUUGUACAGUUCUUUUUUUCGCAUAUAACUUACAGUAUUUUAUUAAAUAAGUGUAUCAGUUAACCUGCAAUAAAUGUAACUAGUUUUAUAAAAUAAAAAUACCCACAGAUUAAGAUAUAU